GCAGGUUGUUUGUCGGGCACUAAGACCGAGCGGACGUGCUGUGAUAUUGUCAGUUACACUGUAGGAUCUGAGUGACAACAGGGUGAAGUUUAAAUGAAAAUAAGUAUAUUAAGAAAUCAUUAAUGGUCAGGAUGACCCAGAAGCACUUCCUGGAAGGGCAGGUGUACUCCGUGCCCUUGAUCCAGCCAGACCUGCGACGGGAGGAGGCCAUUCACCAGAUUGCUGACGCCCUUCUGUACCUGGAGAAAAUCUCCAGUGACAUCUUCAGCAGGGUUUCCCAAAGUGUGGAGAAGAACCGAACCCAGCUCCAGGCAGUGACAGAUCGUAUCCACCUAGCCCAGGCCCGUAUUGAUAAAAUUAAGGGCAGCAAGAAGGCCACUAAGGUAUUUUCUAGUGCCAAGUAUCCUGCUCCAGACAAGAUGCGAGACUACUGCUCCAUCUUUGCAGGAGCCAGUGACCCAGCAGCACAGAAACGCCCUCGUUAUAAAGUGCAGGGCAAACACAAACCUCUGGAUGAUAAAGCACUGCAGGAGAAGCUGAUGUACUUUCCCAUGUGUGUAAAUGCCAAGAGACACUCAGAGGAUGAAACAGAGGAAGGACUGGGGAGCCUGCCCAGGAACAUCAGUUCAGUCAGCUCACUGCUCCUCUUUAACACCACAGAGAACCUAUAUAAGAAGUACGUGUUCCUGGACCCACUUGCGGGAGCUGUGACAAAAACACACACCACCCUAGAGACAGAGAAGGAGGAGAAGCCUUUUGAUGCCCCUCUGUCCAUUACGAAGAGAGAGCAGCUUGAGAGACAGACAGCCGAAAACUAUUUCUAUGUCCCAGAUCUGGGUCAGGUGCCUGAGAUUGAUGUGCCCUCCUACCUCCCGGACCUCCCUGGCAUUGCGGAUGACUUGACCUACAGUGCUGACCUGGGGCCUGGCAUUGCGCCCUCGGGGUCAGCCACUGCCAUUCCAGAGCUGCCCACAUUCGGGACAGAACCUGGGGAGCUCAGCGGGUCAGACUUGCAGUUUAGGGUUGAAGUUCCUCCCCCACCCCCUCCUCCUCCACCCCCUAUUGAAGCCUCUAUCCAGAACACAGCAAUCCCUCCUGGUGCCCCCCCAGCUCCCCCUCCACCUCCUCCGCCACCACCAACUCUACCCACCCCUGUCAGUGGAGACUUGGGUGGCCACCCUGCAUCCACAGGUCCCUUGCAGGGGGCACCCACUGAAGUCGUGAGGCCCUCGGAUGGCAGAGCCAGCCUCCUAGAGUCCAUUCGCAAAGCUGGUGGCAUCGGCAAAGCCAAACUCCGGAACGUGAAGGAGCGGAAGCUGGAGAAAAAAAAGCAGAAGGAGCAAGAGCAAGUGGGAGCCACAGCCAGUGGUGGGGACUUCAUGUCUGAUCUCUUCAAUAAGCUGGCAAUGCGGAGAAAAGGGAUUUCAGGAAAGGGUCCUGCCCCUGGAGAAGGAGGGGAUGCACCGGCCAGCACCGGCAGUGCUUUUGCCAGAAUGUCUGAUGCUAUUCCACCCCUCCCAGCCCCCCAGCAACCAGCCGCACAGGAUGAUGAGGACGACUGGGAUGCAUAAAAAUGGAGAUCUGAAUUCCCAAUGGAGAAGCCCGGAGAAGGAAUGGAGUCCAGGAUCUAGGUCAGGUGGAACAGCUGGUGGAAGAGAUGCUAUCUGAUAGACUGGCAGGACUCCUGACUGAAAAAAACAACAUAAAAAACAAAUCUGCUUUUAACUUGCAGAGAUUGAAACGUUUAGGAAAACUGAAAAUGUUGAAAAAUAACCUUAGUCUUUUAACACUCAGCUUUUCUUUGUCACUGGAAGGACAGGUUUCUGUAGAAUUUAAGUGAUUUGUAUUGCACGUUAACUUUAAGACAAAAAAAUCAGAUCCCAAAUUGUCCAUCCUGCUCUGCAAUCUAGUUGAAUCCUAGACAAUAAUCAAUAUUCCUGUUUUCUGCCUGUCACGCAGGCCUAGAAAAGUAGUAUUUUUUUGGUGUAUUUUCCCUCACCUAUUGCAAAUUUAAUUAUGUCUUCUCAUUUGACAUUUAGCAUGUAGACAUUUUCUUCUUUCCAAGACCUCCAUCUAACCUUUAUUGAGUUACAUUUUAUGAGUAUUGUAGAAACAAUGUCCAGAUUUACAGAUAAUUCUGUUCGGUCUUUAAUCAUCUGUUGAGCUUAUACACUAUCCACACAAUUUGGUGUAAUUACCAUCUUUAAUUGAAGAGACUACAUUUACUUGUUUUCUAGUCCCAACAUUACCUUUCAAAGGAUGAAGGCAUUGCAAUUGUGAAUAAGCAUUUCAAAAACACUAUAAAACAAAUGAACAACAAUAGUGUGAUGCUUUUGAGCUGUGAAAAGUUAGAUGGGAAUUAUAAGCCAAUGUUGGCUUGGUAAUUAAAUUAGUUCAGUCUGAACAAUUUAUAAUGGAUCAACUUACUAUCUACUAUACAACUCAUAAGUCAUAAGGGACUGAAAUCCCCCUUAUAUGUACAGUAUAGAAUAGGUCUCCACAUUCCCUUUUUCCUCAAGAAGAUACUCUCAAGAAAAUCAAGAUGCAGAUGUUAAACCAAAGUUCUGUUUAUUUUGCUCAGCAUGAAAUACUGUACAUAGGUUUCAAGUUAUUAAACAAAAAACUGGGAAUGAAGAUCUAUACUAUAAAUCCAACAUAUCAAAGGAUAAUUGUCUAAGCCUAAGGGCUUGAAAAUGUUAAUUCACUAGUCGCAAAAAAGAAUCAUUGAGGCAUAAUAUAAACCUGCAAUAAAUGUGUAUGGUUAACCCCAAUAAGAGGAGAAUAUAGUUUUAGAAAGUGGCUUUUUAUAUCAUCAGCAAGAGCUCACUCCUGUAAUGCAUCUGUCAUGAAAUCUCUGAUGUAAAAUGUCAGUGUUGGAAAAAUAAAUGUAAAAAUUGCAAAAACGUU